UUUUUUUUUCUUUUCUUUUCUUGUUCUUACGCGUAUUUACCUUCCGUACUCAUGCAACAGCCAAUAGGCAAGAUUGAAGGUAUGAUAAUCCCUUAUCAGUAUGGACUAAACAGGAUUAGAAGCAUUGACUGAUUUGAACAUUGAUGUACCUCAUCAAGACAACUAUUUAUUACCUCAAUGGAAAGACAUUACUGCUUUUCUAGAUAAAGCAACCCAAGAUUUUGAAGUGGGUCAGUUAGUUCAUUUACAGUCAUUCACAUUGUUUGAUGCUAUGAGUGCUAUUGAAAUCAUGGAUCCUCGUAUGGACACAGGCAUGGCUGUUGCAGAACCAUACCGUGCAUUUGACAUCACGCAACAAUUCUCUGCUGAACAAAUAUUGAGUAUUAUGGAUAAACUCGUCACUCGUGAAAUGGCAUGGAUAUCAGGUCAUUCUCUAUCUCAAACUGUCUAUACAUGCAUUUAUUUUCACCAUAUCCAAAGUUUGAAUGAAUUCAGUAUGCCUACAUUAACCUCGCCCGUGCCUGAUAUAAUCUAUGGUGUAUUGAGGACGUAUAUUCUUGCCACAGUGAAAUGUUGUCAUUAUAUCUGGAUGGAAAUGACACAAGGCAACAUUUAUGAAGAAGAAGACUUUACUACCAAUCUGUUUGGCUUAUCGUUUGAUCAUCAACAUCCAGAUAUUGUGAUUUUCAAUGACCUUGAUUCUUCCAUUAUGCUCUUGAACCAUUUACUCAACAAUAAGCAUAAAGAGAAAAGUAGUUUGGAAGCCUUAUUGAAUCGCAUUGAAAUCCGUAAAUCCUUCUUACUUUCGCUUAUCUAUCUUUCACAACAGGAAGGAUCUCAUUUGCCACAAGCCAAAAAGGAAUUGGAGACCAUCAUGAAAUUGUUAGACAAGGUGGAUUUAUCACUUGCUCAAGAUGUGCCUGAAGCAUUUGAUCCUAACAUCAGUCGAAAACUAACAACACAAACACCCCCUCGACCUGUUGAAUUGGCAACAGAAUCUGAAUCAUUCAAAGAAUAUGGCUUGUUGAUCAAGCGACUAAGGUCCAUUUGUGAUGUGGUUGAUUUUACUUCAGUCACUAGUUUAAUGAACUACUUUCUUGCCUUUGCUUCUCAAGUACCUUAUCCUGAUGCAUUUACAAGAUCCAAACUGAAUACACUGUUCUUUCAUAAUCAACGUAUUUUUGGUACAUUGCCUGUACCUACACUCAUGAUUCGUUCCAUUCGAGAAAUGGUCCAACCCCCUUCCUGGUGGCUCUCUUCCAGUAAAAUACCUCCUGCUAUCAAUCCAGCCGAAUUCUUAAAUGCACAUGACACACUCAAGUCCUUUUUGGACCGAGUCGCCAUGGUCUUUGUUGAAUUCUUCAAGAUCAACUGCCACAAUCGAUCUCGACAACAGCGUAUGUUGCGUAAAGUGGUGUCUGAAUGGGAAAUAUUACAAGAAGAAGCAGCAGGCGUAGAUGAGAUAUUUCAUGCGCUUCAGAAGCAAAAAGAAGAAACCCCUUAUUACUUUUCUUCUUGGGCCUACAAUCUCAAGUUGGGCAUGAUGGAAAAGAUCUUGUUUCUUGGGUUUGAACUGGAUCUGUAUGGUGCGCAUGAAUACAUCAUGAUUUACUGGUACACUCAAUGUGUUCUCAGUAGUCGUGCUUUCUUACUGGAUAGAAUAUCGACCUUUGUAGACCAACCUUCUUAUUAUAUACACACACAACAGCUAUUGAAUCAUGUCAAAAAGACACUGUCUGAAGCCAUUCUCAAGCUACUCUUGACAGCCAAACACACACACCAAUUUGAUCAACGUCCAUUGAUAUUUGAUGAUGAAGAGACACGCUAUCAUCAACGAUUCAAGUCAUUUAUGCCUUUGAUAUCUCCACCUCACCCAAGUUAUGCUGUUUAUCGAGAAAAUAUAGAGAUACAAGGAUUUGAUGUGGCCAGAAUGACAGAGAUUAUCAAGAGUGAUUUAUUAGAAGCCAAAAAAGCACUCGAGCAUCUUUUGAGUCUUUCGCCUGAAGAGACCUCGACAGACAUGUGUCCUGAUCAAUCUCGACUUGAACUGAAAGACAUUUUACGUGUGGUGGUUGCCAACACAAUUGGUCUUCGUUUUAUCAAUAAUCAAACAUCGAUUGAUUGUCUGUUUAAAUAUCAUCCUUGGUUUGCUCAUCCAGUUCAAUAAUAAUAAUAAUAAUAAUAAUAAUAAAAUAAGUG